UCUAAGCGCCGGGUCCUUCUUCCUCCUGCUCUGGAACCUUCUGAGCCGGUACCGCGGCGACACCUGUUAAUCUGAGUCCAUCCGAGACCGAACCGCGGUGUUUCAGCUCAGGGACUCACUCGUCCCGUCCUGAAGAUUCAUCUUAACAUUCUCCAUCGAUUAUUAAGUCAAGAUGCCAGAAGCGAUGGCGGCACCGAGGGUCUCAAACGGAGGCAGAAACAAAGGGGGGGCGUAUGUGGACCGCGACAAGCCGGCCCAGAUUCGGUACAGUAACAUCUCCGCCGCCAAAGCUGUUGCAGAUGCCAUCAGGACAAGUCUGGGACCAAAGGGCAUGGACAAGAUGAUCCAGGAUGAGAAAGGUGACGUGACCAUUACCAACGAUGGGGCCACCAUCCUGAAGCAGAUGCAGGUGCUCCACCCUGCCGCCAAAAUGCUGGUGGAACUGUCCAAAGCCCAGGACAUCGAGGCUGGAGACGGCACCACCUCCGUUGUAGUGAUCGCUGGAGCUCUGCUGGACGCCUGCUCCAAGCUGCUGCAGAAAGGCAUCCACCCGACCAUCAUCUCGGAGUCGUUCCAGAAGGCCAUGGACAAGGGCGUGGAGGUGCUGACGGCCAUGAGCCGGCCGGUGCAGCUGAGCGACCGCGAGACGCUGCUCAACAGCGCCACCACGUCGCUGUGCUCCAAGGUGGUGUCCCAGUACUCCAGCCUGCUGGCCCCCAUGAGCGUGGACGCCGUGAUGCGGGUCAUCGACCCGGCCACGGCCACCGGCGUCGACUUAAACAACAUCAAAAUCAUCAAGAAGCUUGGAGGGACCAUCGAUGACUGUGAGCUGGUGGAGGGCCUGGUCCUGACCCAGAGGGUGGCCAGCACCGGAGUCAGCCGUGUGGAGAAGGCGAAGAUCGGCCUCAUCCAGUUCUGCCUGUCUCCUCCCAAAACUGACAUGGACAACCAGAUCGUGGUGUCGGACUACGCCCAGAUGGACCGUGUGCUGCGGGAGGAGCGCGCCUACAUCCUCAACAUGGUGAAACAGAUCAAGAAAGCCGGCUGCACCGUGCUGCUCAUCCAGAAGUCCAUCCUCAGAGACGCUAUGAGCGACCUCGCCCUGCACUUCCUCAACAAGAUGAAGAUCAUGGUGGUGAAGGACAUCGAGAGGGAGGACAUCGAGUUCAUCUGCAAGACCAUCGGCACGAAGCCCAUCGCCCACAUCGACCACUUCACUGCGGAGAUGCUCGGCACAGCAGAGCUGGUGGAGGAGGUCAGCCUGGACGGCUCCGGCAAACUGGUCAAGAUCACAGGCUGCACCAACGCCGGGAAGACGGUGAGCAUCGUGGUCCGAGGGUCCAACAAGCUGGUGAUCGAGGAGGCGGAGCGCUCCAUCCACGACGCUCUGUGCGUCAUCCGCUGCCUGGUCAAGAAGAGGGCUCUGAUAGCCGGUGGCGGCGCCCCGGAGAUCGAGCUGGCCGUGCGUCUGGCCGAGUACUCGCGCACGCUGGCCGGCAUGGAGGCCUACUGCGUGCGGGCGUACGGCGACGCCCUGGAGGUGAUCCCCUCCACGCUGGCGGAGAACGCCGGCCUGAACCCCAUCUCCACGGUGACGGAGCUCCGCAACAAACACGCGCAGGGAGACAAGAUGGCCGGCAUCAACGUCCGCAAGGGAGGAAUCUCCAACAUCCUGGAGGAGCUGGUGGUGCAGCCACUUCUCGUCUCCAUCAGCGCCCUGACUCUGGCCACAGAGACGGUCCGCAGCAUCCUCAAGAUCGACGAUGUGGUGAACACCCGAUAAAAGUCUGCUCGUACCGCGAGGGAUCAGCGGACUCUGUCAGCGCCGUCUGUUCAGUUCAGCUCUAGUUGUUCACGUUACAUAAUUUAAUAAAAAAACGCUUGUUUUUUUUGUUGACACUCCA